AUGUUCCGUCGCAAGAAGAAGCCUGCUAGGGAGCCGCCCGAGGUUUUUGGCUACGACCGCGAUGCGCUCGUCGAGCUUGUGAAGCGCCACUACCAGCUGCUUGUCGACAUGGGCCAUCUGCACCCGGAGGCCGUUCAGGGACCACCAGAGCCAGCGGGAUGGUCCAAUGCGGAGCUCAACGUCGACGCGCUGCAGACGCUGGGCCGGUCGGAGACGGUUAUAGACCUUUUGCGGCACCUCCCAUAUCCGCGGGCUGGCCCUCCCGGCAGCGACGCCGCAGACGACGAUGCCAUGGUCUACUACGAGACGAUGGUCCGGUCGUACCUCAGGAACAAAUGGCAGCCUGAACAGGACGAGGAUCCAAACUGGCACCAGCUGCCGUUCGCCAUGCUCGGUCUGGGGCCGUUCGACAAGCCGGUGCCGCCGCACAUCAUCUCAUUGACACACGAGGAGGCAGAGGUUGGUGUGAUUUGGGUGAUUGAUACGGAGCGAGGAUGCGUCUACCCCCAAGGAGAUGACUACUAUCUAUACGACGACGCACCGCCUGAGGCGGAAGAGGACAAGCCGUGGCUUGGCGCAAAGGCCCUCUCAUUCAAGACGUUCUUCGACAAGAUGCAUGAUGAAAUCUCAUCCCUAAAGCUGGUCCCAGCACCCGCGGCGGGGAAUUUCGGGGCCGCCAUCUGUGCCCCAAAGGACGCGGAAGCCAAGGCAAUCAAGAGUUUGUACCGCGAGUACGGCUGGCCGAGCGCAUUCAGAAAGGAGGAGUUUCUCCGGGCUGCCGUGCCAGCGCGCGCAGCCAUUAUGAAUGACCAGUACGAUUGGUCAGACGAGGAUUGA